UUUGUUUUCUCCAAUAGAGACAUGAUGCAGCACUUGCUCUAAUUUAAUUUCCUAAUUAUUAUAAAUUUGAUGACAAGCAAUCGUUUAAGACGAACAAGUGCGUACUGGCGUAUUUAUUAGCUAUAUACAAGCAUAUUAGUUUUGUUACUGGCUACGUAACGAUCAUCUCGACGUUUGCCAUUUGGCAUAUAUUUGACAGAUAUUAACUAACCGUAAAUUGCGAUUACUGUUCGGAAGAUUUGAAUCAAUUGAAUGCAUUCGAAUAUUUUUAGCUCGAGUUAAAAAUGUGCGUUUCGCGUUAGCUGCGCACUUUUACGCGCGAGGUUAGUCGGUCGCUAUGAUGCAUCAAUUACCCCAUCCAAUGGACUCGAAUAGAUUAAACAAAUUAGACUAGCCUUGUUAAUUAGAACAUGAUUAAAGGUUUUUAAUUAAAUCACUGAUGAAGUAGUCUAAUUAGAACGAAGAUAUGAUAAUAGCCCGCUGCGACGAGUAUAUAAUUGUAUUGGGUUUGCAAUUAAAUCCUAAAGAGUUGUAAAAAAUCCGCUUUUCCGUGUCAUUAAUGAAAUACUUCGCACAGUGUAGGCUGUUUCUGUUGAGACAUCAAAUUCAUAACUCAAGUGGCUUUCCUAUUUAUUUCAAUAAACUAAUAAAUUCGCCAAAACGAAGUCGUUUUUUUUUUCCUAAAUAAUAAAAUCAACGCAGGUUAAUUACCGAAUGACUGUCGAACAAAUAUAAAUUUAAUUUAAAUUCAAUAUUUCUACAUUUCGCUGGACGUAAUUUGUUUAAUGCGUGUCGGUAUAUCAAAUUACCUCGCUAUAAUGCAAUGAUAGUCGUGCGUUUUGCUCUGAUUUAUUUCACCCAACAGGGACAGCAGAUGAUGGAGCUGUCCGUGGUGAUUUCUUCAUAUACACCCGCACUUCUCCGACCAAGCUUCCGAUCACGAAUUACACAGCACCUUAUCUUUCAUAUACAUAUUUUUUUUUUUUGCAUCGUCGUAAAAGUUUGCUAUGGCAUGCUGCAUAAACGUUACAGAAUAAAUGCACGACGUAUACGCACAACGCGUGGAGAAAUGCAUUUCCAAACACCGAAAUGUUUAACUUUAGAACGCAAUCGCGCUUUCAUUCAAUUCCUUUAACCGCGGUGGUUUCCUCAAUAACUUUAUUGAAGUAUCACACAAUACCAGCCGCAGUCGUUGCAACUGCCCAUGCGCAGAGUCCCCAGCGGCGCUGUGGCUAAUGAAGAAUAAUAAAUCAUGAAAGGUUUUUCAGGUACAGCCGAGAGAGCGUGUAAGAGGAGAGGGAGUGAGAGAAUGGGUGAGCGAGAGAGAGAGAGACGCAGCCUGCCCUUCGCCUUGGAGCACAGACAGAUCGAGUCCCCGCAGCAUUGAAUGUAGUCGACUGUCACCUUUAUCUCAUAAUCAAAUUCAGCAAGAAUCGGGGAUAAAGGUUAACGAGCGGCAUUGUUUCGAGCGACGUCGUUCUGGAAACCGGCACGGAGAGAAGAGAGAAGAAACUUUUUACGCUCGUUUUUAAAAAAGCGUGCGCAAAGACAAACUCACCAAAAGACAUCAGCCUCCGCCGCGACAAGCGAACGGUAUUUUGCAAAGGCGGAGGAAAUUUUUUCUGCGGAGCGUUUUGGCAAGAGUUGGCGUGAUCUUUUGGAGGAGUUUACCGACAGGUUGCAUGGCUUACUGGCGCUCGCGGCACGUCUCUAGCCACGGAGCGCGACGGAGCGAGCAGGAGAUCGUUCUCUCAGACCACUAGAUGAGCCAUCUAGAGACUCGGCGCAUCAUCCUCCUCUUCACGUUCGUUGCGACGCCAGAGACUUGAGACUUCCGCGCAGCGACUGGGCUUGAACUCCAGUCGAAGAAGAAGAAGAAGAAGGCGGAGUCUUAACUUAUUAAAAGGAACUCGCCGAGGCUCGGUCGCAAAUAUGAUGAUGAUGUCUCUGAACAGCAAGCAGGCGUUCGCCAUGCCUCACACCAGUCUGGCCGAGCCCAAAUACUCCAGUUUGCAUUCCGCGUCCUCCUCUUCCACUUUGACUUCCAACGCGCCCUCGUCCUCCUGCUCGACGUCCAGACACAGCAGCACGAUCAGCAGCAGCGGCGGCGGCGGCUCGGAGGCGAUGCGCCGAGCAUGUCUCCCAACCCCACCGAGCAAUAUAUUCGGCGGAUUGGAUGAGAGUUUGUUGGCCCGCGCGGAAGCUCUGGCGGCGGUGGAUAUAGUCUCGCAGACCAAAAGCCAUCAUCACCCUCCUCAUCACAGUCCCUUCAAGCCGGACGCAACCUACCACACCAUGAACACGCUGCCGUGCACCUCGUCGUCCUCCUCGUCGUCGUCCGUGCCCAUCUCGCACCCGUCAGCGCUGGCGAGCCAUCACCACCACCACCACCAUCACCACCACCACCAGCCGCACCAGGCACUGGAGGGCGACCUGCUGGACCACAUCACCCCAGGACUGGCGCUCGCCGGAGCCAUGGCCGGGCCAGACGGCUCGGUGGUCUCCACGCCUGCGCACCCCGCUCACAUGGCAGGCAUGAACCACAUGCACCAAGCUGCCAUCAACAUGGCUCACGCCCAUGGGCUGCCAUCCCACAUGGGCUGCAUGAGCGACGUGGAUGCAGAUCCCAGGGACUUGGAGGCAUUCGCUGAGCGCUUUAAACAGCGUCGGAUCAAACUCGGCGUGACCCAAGCGGAUGUAGGGUCAGCGCUGGCCAACCUGAAGAUUCCCGGCGUAGGCUCUUUAAGCCAGAGUACCAUCUGCCGGUUUGAAUCGCUCACGUUGUCCCACAACAACAUGAUCGCCCUCAAGCCCAUCCUGCAAGCCUGGCUGGAGGAGGCAGAAAAGUCGCACCGGGAGAAACUCAACAAGCCCGAGCUCUUCAACGGGGCCGAGAAGAAGAGGAAGCGGACCUCCAUCGCGGCCCCCGAGAAAAGGUCCCUCGAAGCCUAUUUUGCUAUUCAGCCGCGUCCGUCCUCAGAGAAAAUCGCAGCGAUCGCAGAGAAGCUGGACCUCAAAAAGAACGUAGUGCGGGUUUGGUUUUGCAACCAGAGGCAGAAACAAAAACGCAUGAAAUACUCGGCCUGCGUCUAGCUCGACCAGAAGACCAGCGCGACGUGUCGAGAGACUCCUAAAACUGUUUAGAGACGAUUUGUAAAAUAUUUCUUAUUUCACACCUUUUUCAAUCAUCAAUAACUUGUGCGUUGAACCAGAAUUUCAUGACAUUCAAAAAGAGACAUUUGAAAAUACCAAAUCACUGUCACGUAUUACGCAAAGGGGAUGUGGAAUCAUUUAAAGGAUCGUUUGACUGAUCAAGUAAGACCAUUCGUUUUUCCUCACUUAUUCUAGCACACUUUCUAUAUCAGAGGAGCAAGACUCUUUAAACCUCAAUCAGACAGCCUGCCUGAAGCCGAAUAGCGUACGUUAGAAAGUGUUCUGUAUCGAGCUCCACACAACACCAGUAAUUACUAUAAACUGAUUGGG